CCCAUAAGUGCGUAUUUCAAAGUAGCAUGCUUGAGAAGUGUAGUCGCUGUCCUCGUCAGUCUCAGUUCUUUAUCUCUGAAAAUGCUGAAUAAGAUGUGGCUCGCUCACUCUCCUUUUUUCCUGGUUCCUUUCGUUACGGUUUCAUUUCACCCGCUCUUUGCUCCUUUCGCCCUCGCGGAUCGCCCACUACCUGGCUCUUUCGGCCGCGGGCACCACCAGCAUGAUUUUGAUGAACUACAACGCUUGCAUAUUAAUCGGGGGACAAGAACGGGGAGCCCAUCAUCAAGAACUUCCGUUCUUCCCCUUCCUGAGCUCUUCCUCGGGCGCAACACGAAAUUCGUGCAGGAGCAGACAGAGGUGAUUCCGCAGGUGAAAGAGGAAGAUACCGCACCGCCAGUCGCAGCUCCACCGCAGCCAAUCGACGAUUGGGGCCGGGAAUUUUCCGCGUAUCAGUUUGCACCCUUUUCGGACAGCGGGAAUAGAUUUUCAUCUCAUCAUGCGGUCCAAAAGCCGGGAAGAAAUCCAUACGAAAAUAAUGCUGACCGAGGAACUACGCCGUCUCUGGACGAAGCGGUACAUUACACGUCGGUGCAGUAUGGCGUUCUCAACUGUUACAUUCUCAACCGUUACAUGAAUUUGUGAUGCAAGAAUGGCAAAAGUGAUAGGGGCGAUCUUGCGCGUCUUGCGUGACAGACUUGGCGCCGAUUAUCACCCUAUUUGGCCCUCUGAGAAUUUGUCAUGCGAAGCAACUUGAUGGUGUCGCUUCUGAAGGCAAUUUUGCAUGACAAACCAUGUAACAGUUGAGAAUGUAACGUUUGAGAACGCCAUAUGCAGCAGUAUGGCGUGCGAGGUGGGCCGAGGACCACAAAAGAAGGACAGCCGCAGCAGCCCGGAUGGCGACCGCACACGGGCACCACGACUACAGUAGAAGACCAUGAAGUAAACGCAGCUUCAUCAUCUUCGCGGCCUAUAAUUACGGGCGGAAGAACCGCAAGGAGGACCACACCGCAACUCAAUGUCAAUGUCAAUGCGGCACCUCCGCAAAAUAAACACCUCCCAAGAGCGAAUUUCAUGAUCACUCCGGAGCUGAUGAAUGCGAAGUCAAAUUCCGAAAUCCUCGACGCAGUAAAGGACUUCGACAUCCGAGUUGACCCGAUGGCGACCUUUUCCUACGAUUACACGCAAACGAUGUUUAAGAACAGGUUGCAACUACAGCAAUUGUUUAAGCGGAGGGAGAAAAUUUUGAAGAACAGCCUGCUCUUGAAGCCCGACUCGAGAUUCUUAAUUCUGGUAAACGACGAGCGGAUCAACGUGCCCAGCUUGUUUCUCGGAUUAUCCGGGAUAGAUGAUAGCAGUACAACUGGGCGGAUGAAUGCGAAUCACAACACACAGAAUAGAGCACGGUUCCGGGAGAUGAAGCGAUUGAACAAGGUAGAAUGGGAAGAGAAAGUGACUCCGCUGCAAAACGGGGCCGUAGUUCCAGGCAGGAAUAUCGCGCUUGUGGAUCAAAACGUCAGCGAAUUGUUUCCGACGUUGGACAGCAACAAUGUUGAUGAAAACAGUAAGAACUACCACGACGAACAAAUGUUGCAGCGGGUUGACAAGUUCGAAACCCCGUCGGCGAGGCGGUAUUUCAAGAAAUUCAUGCAGAAAAGGUCAGGUAGUUCCUCCUCCGGUGAGGAUAGUGGUGCUCUAGAAGCCGCGGACAUCACUGCUAGUACUAGCACAGUCCACAACGUUAUACCCCAAGCCAACAACCGCCGCGGCGGUCGCGUGGAUGACUACAUGCAGAACUUUCCGGAACACGCCCCCAACGAGCGCGGCAGGACGUUGGACUACUUGCGAACUAUGGAUUACAAGCAAACUUCCAAUCAGGACUACGAGGAAGAUCUGUGGAGCUUUUUCGCCGGCGGGGGAGGGGCUGGAUCAGGUUCAGGUAUAUGCAAGACAAAUUUCCCGUACAUGUACAAAAUGCAUGAGCAAUUUCCCUAACUUGCAGUGUCCAACUUGUCAUGCUAGACUAGGACUGAAGGCAAGUUUUGUCAUGCAGCGACUGCAUUUGUAGUUGUACAUGUGCGGGAAAUUAUUUCUUGUGGAUAAGCUAGUGCAUCCACUCUGGAAAACCUGGAUGAGGAGGAUUUUUACGAGAAUUUCUUCGACAAGAGUAAAGCGGAAAGGGUAAUAGGCAAAGUGUUGCCUGGAGCUGCUCCUGGCAAAAUGGCGUUUUCCGGUGCGGUGACCGAUCGAAGUGGAGUACGAGGACAACAGCAGCAGCAAGUAGAUCCUCGGCAGAUCGCAAUCCAACAAACCAUCGACAAUGUGGAAAGGCAAAUGGUCGAGAAACUCUUCACGAACGGCUUUGUGUUUGUUGGGACGUCUACCAGCGACAAUACCAAUGGUGCGUCGGCGCCUGCGACAGCACGCGCGGCUUCUAGCUCGAUGAACAACAAGAACCCUUAUUGCAAGAGCCAAAGAUUAGAAAUUUGCUACCAGUGCGGUGAAAUUCAGCAGAAGCUUGCUUUGAUCAAUCACGACCGGGAGCAGAAGUGGCAGAAGGCUGUGAACAGCUACAACGGGAACAACAAUAACCAGCAGCACAAGAUGAACCACGCCCAGACGAAUCAUGAUGGCAACUUCUACGGUCUCCGCGACUUGAAAUUUUUCGUUUUUGACCAAACAGAGACCCGCCGGACGAAGCUUUUAGUGUCGAAGGACAUGAUUAAGAACGGUGGUGAGGCGGUGGAUCGGGAACUAGCUCACUUUUACACGACUAACUCCGGCAGUUCCAGCUCGGAAGCAAACCAAUUGGCGUUUUCGAAGAAAUAUGCUGGGCAAAAGUAUCGUACUCGUAGUAAUCGCAAUCAUGCAUUACAAACUUCCAUCCCAAGGGAAAACAGCAUGACAAAUUCCAUUUGUCAUGCUGAGCGAAUUUGUCAUGCGAUUUCUACUAGUACGAUGCUUUUGCAAUGCAUAAGAAAGAAUUGCUCCUUUCCUUCCAGCCGGUGUUUGUGACCAGAAACAGCGAAAACUACCCGAACACGGUUUCCUACCGCUUAAAUCACAUUGGGUUCGGCACGCCUCCUAUGCAUUGCAAAAGCAUCGUACUAGUAUAAACUGCAUGACAAAUUUUGCCAAGAAGGAAAGUGGAGCUUGUAAUGCUGAUUUCCCUAAGAUAGAGGAUUUGUCAUUCAUCACUGCGAUUACUACGAGUGCGAUACUUUUGCACAGGAUACCUCCCGACACCUAUUUCAGCACUGCGAAGUUUCGGAGUUAUGACUCGGAGCUGACGAAACGGUUGGUGGAAAUGCAAUCGCAAAUGAAUCUGAAUGGCCAACAUCAAACUAGUAAAUACGGCGCACCACAAAAAUUCGAGUUCGAGUUUGAGAAAGGCGGUGGAUCUGGGGGUGUUCUAGCCGGGUACAGGCUCAGUUUCUCCUCAGUUUUUGUCAACCGGGAGACGGGAAUGAUGAUGUCGCCCUGGGUGCGAGAUUGCUUCCGGGCGAUAUGAAAUGCAAAAGCAUCGUACUAGUAGAAAUCGCAUGACAAAUUCCCUCAGCAUGAAAAAUGGAGUUUGUAAUGCGGAUUUAGGUUAAGAAGGAAAUUUGUAAUGCAUGACUGCGAUUACUACGAGUACGAUGCUUUUGCACAGCACAAGCGAACGGGCCGAACCAAAUGCAGCAAUCGAAUUUGGUGUUUGCUGGAGGACAUCAACAUGUGUUGAACAUCAAAAAUCCUGCAAGUCACGUUAUGCACCAGCCGGUAAUUUCUGUUACGAACCAACCAUCUGGUGGCUCGUCUGGUGCGCAGACCGCCCGAGUGGACUACAUCGCCUGGCGAGAACAUCAUAUGGGUGCAGCAGCAGCGGCAGGAGCCCAAGGUGCGCCGGUAGAACAAGCUUCCAUGUCCAGCCGCUACUACACCCCUCUAAUCCAGCCUGACGUCGCGCCGACAUCUAUCCCGUGCAAAAGUAUCGUACUCGUAUUCUUGCAAUCAUGCAUUACAAAUCUUUUCCCUAAGGUAAAGCAGCAUUGCAAAUUUUUUUUCUCAUGCUGAGGAAAUUUGUAAUGCAUUUAUACGAGUGCGAUACUUUUCCAGUUCAUAACAUCAGCCCUUCAGCAAAGGCACCAGAAACUCGAGCUCAACCCGCUGAACUGGCGGCAAGUCCCGGUCUACGUCAACGUCUACGACCUGGACCCUCCGAUGAACGAAGACGCGGCGGAGAAAAUCAAGAAUCUGAACUUUGUUUUUUCCAACAAAAUGCUGAAAUUCGGCGGCGUUUUCCACGCGGGGAUCGAGGUGCACAACCGAGAAUUUUCCUUCGGGUACACUCCCCACGGCACCGGGGUGGAGACCCACGCGCCGAAGAAGCAUAUGCACUGCAAAAGUAUCGUACUCGUAUAAAUGCAUUACAAAUUUCUUCAGCAUGAGAAAUGAAAUUUGUAAUGCGGAUUGGACUUGAGAAAGAAAUUUGUAUAUGCAUGAUUGCAAUUACUACGAGUACGAUACUUUUGCACAGGAUAAAGCACCACACCCACAAGUACCGCGAGUCGAUUUUUCUCGGCUACACGUACCUGUCGGUGGAAGAAUUGGGGAACAUCGUCGGGGCAAUGGAGCGGGCGUGGCAGGGCAAUUCGUACGACUUGCUGAGCCGCAACUGCUGCACGUUUUCCGACGAGUUUGCACAGGUUUUGUUAGGGAUGACAAGUAUGGCGAUCCCAAGUUGGAUUCACCGGUUCGCAAGGUGGGGUAACAGUCUGGCGCACAUGUUCAGUGGCAGGGAUGAAAAUGACGGCGCGCAUGUGGGGAAUAUGGGAAACGUCGGAAGGCAUGCGACGGGGCCGCUGUGAAGGGGCCUCGAGAGGGGUAUGGUUUAUGUGGAGGUAGUUUUUCUUCUUGCACAUUGUUGUGAAGAUGACAUUCUGACGCAGCUGAGAGCUUAAUCUCAUCUCAGUUCGGAGUUUCGAUGGAUACUUAAGUUUUUGCUCUGGUACUUGAAGUUGUAUCAAUGAACAAUAAAUAAGAAAAAUUUCGGUCUGCGAAUCGCAACUAAUUCACAAGACAAAUCAAUCUUUUUGUGCUCUGCAAUCUGUUUGUCUGUUAAAAUGCAAACUUGUUUCUGCUUGUCUGCCAAACGCAAUAAAGAUAGAAUUUCAAUCGUUUCAACAACAUUUUGGGUCCGUCACUUCAAACGCGUUAAUGAU